UUUCGGGUUUUGCCAUGGCUUGCUCCAAUACGUUUGGACUUGUUACUGGUGCAUUUCUACUUGGAUUUGGUUUGAGUGAAAUUCCAAAGGGCAUUUGGUUGAAUGCAGAUUGGAGCAUUGAGCAAAAAGUUCUUUCACAUAAAGUUGCAAAAAUGGCAGUCAAAUUAGACGAUGCUCAUCGUAAUUUUUCAAAUGCUAUUGUUAUCACACAGGCAACAUCAAAGCAAAUGUCGAAGCGGGAUUCUUUGAGACCCUACAUGAAUAUAAUUGACAGAAUGUUGCUUCAGAUGUUGAAGGAAGACCCCUCCUUCAAACCACAGGGUGGAAGACUAGGAGAAAGUGACAUGGAUUAUGACAGAGAUGAUAAAUCUAUGGCAUCACUGAGACGUCGUCUUAAGAGAGCUCGUGAGCAGUACUACAGAUAUAGAAGUGAAUACACAAAAUUUGUCUUAGAAGCCCUUGAGCUGGAGGAUACCAUAAAGAAUUAUGAGCGUCGUGAUACUACAGGAUGGAAAUAUACUUCAUGCUUGAGGCCUGAACGCAUAGGCAGAGUAGGUGCAUUUUUGGAAACAUGUGAGUUUCUAUGGAGAUGUAUAUUAUGGAAAUAUGUUGAGAAAUCAUUGGCUGUUAUAUUGGGCGUCAUGUCAUUUGCAAUUCUAUUAGCAGAGGCUACCAUACUAACCAGUGGAGUUGAUUUAUCCCUUUUCUCUAUCCUAGUACACGCUGCUGGACAGCAAGAAGUGCUUGUGCAGUUAGCUGCCUUCAUCCCCUUGAUGUAUAUGUGUAUUUGUACAUAUUAUUCCUUGUUUAAAAUGGGAACGAUGAUGUUUUACUCACUGACUCCAAAGCAAACAAGCCCAGUAAGCUUGCUUAUGAUAUGCUCGAUGAUUGCAAGAUAUGCCGCACCCAUCUCAUACAACUUUCUCAAUCUCAUAAAUAUUGGAGGGCAUAGAAAAACCGUUUUUGAGAAAAAAAUGGGAAAAAUCAAUGACGCUGUUCCCUUUUUUGGGAAAGGAUUCAACAAAAUUUACCCCCUAAUAAUGGUUAUAUACACUUCACUAAUAGCAGCAAAUACUUUUGACCGGGUCAUCAAGUAUUUUGGGAAUCUGAAAAUAUUUAAGUUCAUCAAUGAGGAUGCAGAAGAUAUGGAUGGAUUUGAUCCAUCUGGGGUAAUAAUCUUGCAGAGAGAACGUUCUCUACUCCAGCAAGGGCACAAUGUUGGUGAACUUGUUUUCCCUCUGGCCAGAAGUUUCAGCAUAACUAUGGAUGUUGAGUCAACAAACAAGACCACGGAUCAGGAUGAGAGUGACACUACCAACACACUGGAAGAGGAAAAUGAAAACCAGGACAAGAUUAGAAAAUUUGGCAGCAGAAAAUAUGCAGCUUUGAGGACAAGCCUCAACGAGGAAGUGUCUACAAAAGAUUUGACCCAAGAAGGAGUUUCUUCCUCCUUUACAAGUGAUAUUAAUGAUUCUCAGAGCACAAGUUCAGCACCAUCAUCAUCAUCAUCAUCAUCAGUGUUAGCCUCAAGAUGGGAAUCAAUGAUGGAUGGAUUCAAAAGUUUUAGAUCUAACAUUGACUCCAAGAGAUUUAUCCCUAUAUCUAAUCCUCCCGAGUCAAUUCUAAACUCAAAAUCUUCAUCUGAUUCCCUUGAUGAAAUAUUUGAGAAAUUGAAACAUGCUCCUCCUGAAUACAGGGAUUCUGAUGACUGAAAUGAUCAUGAGUGGACUUCAGGGAAUUGGCAUUUGCAAGAUAAACUGUGUAUCUCUUAUAUAGGGAGAAUUAGUGAGCAAAUUUUCUCCUCUGAUAGAAAUGUACCCAGAUGAUAGAUUAUGCUGAACUUCAUAUGCAAAACAAGAACACGUAGAAUGUGAACACAGUUUGAAGAAAUGCUAUAGGGAUACUCUUAGCAUUUAACAGUAAC